AUGUCGUACCUCAGCAAUAAAACUGCGUGGGAUUGCGCUUGGGAAUACAGAAACGCCGGAUUCUAUAAGGACGGAGGCAUCGUGUUCUGCACAGUGUGUACCAGGUCCGUCAACCAUCAACGCGAAUCUACCAUCGACGACCACAUAAUGAGCAACAGACACCGCAUAAAUGCCGAGAAGGUGAAGAGAAGGCAGGAAGAGACGCAUCAAGGCGGGAGUAUACCGUUGUACGGUUGUUCUUGCCUACGGACGGGUAAUGCAAGAUUGCGCACUCUGGGCUCUGUGGUCACAGCUAGGAAGGCGAGAAUAGACAUUGUGAUGGAAUUUCUGAAAGCGCUCAUCGCCGAUAACAUUCCGUUGGAGAAUGUCGGGGACCCGAAAAUAAGGAAUCUCUUGGAGCCGCGACUUACCAACCCCGGGUCGAUACCAAGGCCCAAAGCACUUCGCCAUCGAAUGCCAAAACUGUUCGAGAAACACGAUGCUCGGCUCAAGAGUGUAGUACGUGGGUCGACAGUGUCGAUGGUAGUCAAAUAG